GGAUUGCUUUAGGAUUUUUCCAUGGACCUAGCACUUACGUCAUCGGUCAAUACUUUGAGAAGAGGCGAAGCCUAGCAAAUGCUUGUAUGGCAGCAGGUGGAAGUAUCGGUGGUCUCGUUCUACCAUCACUCUUCCAGAACCUUCUUGAGACUUACGGCCUUCGCGGAGCUCUACUCCUCACGUCAGCAGUGAUCUUUCACACAUCGAUUGGUGCCAUGUUGAUGCGCCCACCAACUUACUACAUCCAACCCGGCAAUCAAGACGUUCAUUUAAUGAAAGAAAACAAAGAGGAUGAUGGUCCAAUCACAAAUGAUAUUUCCCAACUGCAGGCUUCUGCAGAUUUCUCUGCACAAGAGACGACAGGUGAUUUAAACGGCCCGGACAGGGAAAGAAAAUCGUGCCUGUCGGUAAUCUUAAACGACCUGUCACUUCUCCGGAAUCCCGUCAUGGUGUUAUUCCUGUUCGUCUACUGCAUGGGGAGUAUAGGAUCGGCUUAUGGCCAUAUUUACAUCACGGCCCUAGCACGCGACAUUGGCAUCAAUUCUG